CCUUUCGCAUCCCUUGCUCCUCCUCAGCUAUGGUCGUUCCCUCUUCAAAUUCCAUGAGAAGCAAGAAAACAAAUGCCGUGGGAAUCCCGACUGUGGACCUUUCCGUGGAAAGGUCAGAGUUAUCCGAAUUGGUGAUAAAGGCCUGCGAGCAAUAUGGCUUCUUCAAGGCGGUGAACCACGGCGUACCGGAGGAGGUCAUUUCCAGAUUGGAAAACGAAGGAAUUAAAUUCUUUUCCAAAUCCAUCUCAGAGAAGCGACAGGCUGGUCCGGCCACACCGUUUGGUUAUGGUUGCAGAAACAUAGGCCCCAAUGGCGACAUGGGUGACCUCGAGUAUCUCCUUCUGCAUACAAAUCCUCUCUCCAUCUCCGACAGAUCCCAAACCAUCUCCAACAACCCUACCGACUUCAGUUGCGCGGUGAAUGAUUACAUAGAGGCAGUGAGGGAAGUGGCGUGUGAGGUGGUGGAUCUGGUGGCGGAGGGGCUGCGGGUCCCAGACAAGUACGCCGUGAGCAAGCUGAUCAGGAACGUCCAGAGCGACUCGGUGCUGAGGAUCAAUCACUACCCUCCAACCAUGAGCAGCUUCAAGCGGGACCCAGCCAUGGGUUUCGGGGAGCAUUCAGACCCUCAGAUACUGACGAUCCUGCGGUCUAACGAGGUCGGGGGACUCCAGAUCUGCACCCGGGACGGGCUCUGGAUCCCAGUGGCCCCAGACCCCCACGAGUUCUUCGUCAUGGUGGGCGAUGCCCUCCAGGUGAUGACGAAUGGGAGACUGAGGAGCGUGAGGCACAGAGUAAUGAGAAACAACAUGAGGAAGGGAAGAAUGUCGAUGAUGUACUUCGCGGCACCGCCGCUGAGCUCGUGGAUAAUGCCGCUGCCGAAGAUGGUGUCGGCGGAAAAGCCAAGUGAGUACAGGCCCUUCACCUGGGCUCACUACAAGCAAGCCGCCUAUUCCCUCCGCCUCGGCCACUCUCGCCUUGAUCUCUUCCGCGCCCACCACCCCCUCCUUCUAUAGCCAUUUUCCUUUUCUUCGUUCCUUCAUUUUAGUGUUCAAAUGCACAUAGAUAGCUCUGUCCCUUGUAAUUGUAGGGUAUAUAUUUUUUGUAAUUAAUAUUAUAAUAUUUCCCUUUGAAAAAA